GACCAGUGUUGAGCAAGGGGUUUUCCGGUUACCCGCGGGGUUACUGUACUGAUAAUAGCAAAACAGGAAGAAUUUUAUGCGUUGUGAAAACUCAAGACUUCGGAAUGCUGCAAUAUCUUCAGAAAAAAAGACGAUAAUUUCACCAAGUGUCUAUAUUUGGUUCGAACACAGCUAUAUUGACUCAAUAUAUCACACUAAAAGAUAUGGAACCAUCGUCGAUAGGAUGAUUCAGAACAAGUCAUCCUAUUCAACAGCUGUCAUCUUUUGCAGCAAGUUUCCAGAGCGCCAGGUCCAAUUUUCAAUCCAGGACAAUUCUCAUAUUCAAGGCAAACCUUUAAAAAAAGGCUCUCAAAACACUUCAGUUGCCGAACGUUUUACAGACUGGUGCUAAUUUAUUCGGAACCACAAUGAGUACUGCAACAACCAAUGGAGGCAGCGGCCAGACUGUCCUCAGUCCAGGCGCCAGCCCUGGGGUUAGUGGGCGAAAGCGGCAAACCAACAGAGCUUACAAAGCAGAGGAUCAGGCACUCUCAGAAAUCACACAGGAGGCUGAGGCUCGUCUGGCCAAGAGGCGUCAAGCGAGGGCCGAAGCUCGUACAAUCAGAAUGAAGGAGCUGGAACGGAUGCAGAGAGAGGCGGAGGAGCAAAUGGACAAGGAGUACGAGCAACAGAAAGAGGAAAAGAAAACACAUCGCCUCAGACAAAUCAUGAAAAUUGGGGGAACAGCUCCACCCGUAGUGCCCAACUCUAGUGGAGGGAGCUCAUCACGGAGGGGUAGCGAAGACUCCACGGAAUUUGAAUCAGCUAGCAUCAAGAGUUAUACAUCUGAAUCUAUGGGUGAUGAACCCAGUCCUCAAGAAACGGAGGCGCUAGCGGAGCUUGAAGAAAAAUACAAGAAGGCUAUGAUGAACAAUGCACAGCUUGACAACGAGAAAGCCACCUUAAUAUUCCAGGUGGACAUGCUGAAGGAUCUACAAGAAGAUAUGGAAGAAAUUAUGAUGGAGGUACAGCGGGAAGCAAGAGACAAACACAGGGAACUUGAAAGCAAAAAGAGAGAGAACCUCUUACUAAAUAAAGAAGUAGCAACCUUGAAAGAAAUGGUAUCACAACGAGACACACUUAUAGCUGAAAACGGUCUUCUCCUGGUUGGCAACGAGGAACGUCUCUCAGACGAUGACAUCACCGAGAGUGACACGUCACACAGACCCAAACUUCCCAAAGUCGGGACGAUAGUCGUCGUAUCACCAGAGGCAGCAGAACUCCUAGAGGUUGUUGGGGAUGGACCUCUUGAUGUUCGGCUAAAGAAAUUCGUAGAGGAAAGAAAGGAACUCCUAGAAAGAAUAAGAAGAUUAGAAAUUGAUUUAGAAGAGGAGAAAGAGAAAGUAGCCACAGCUGAGAAGCGACGACCGCAUCAGAGCACCUCCUUCAAUGGUCCUGAUAUAGAGAUGCUAGACAUCCAAAGAGAAGCCAGUCGGCAAGUCAACGAAUACAGAUUCAAGUACCAGAAAGCUGAACAAGAAUUGCAAACACUAGAAGGGCAUGUAAUGAGGUUAGAAAGUCAACUCAAACGAUGCAAAACGUCGUCUGAAACAGCAGAGAAGGUCGAAGAGGAGCUCAAACAGGAACGACGUAAACUCCAAAGAGAGGUACGGGCGGCGCAGGGCCUUUUUAUCAUUAGAAUGUUUAAUUUCUGA